AUGAUGUUUGUGUACAUGUACCACAUGCCCCUCAUGCACCACAUGCCCCUCAUGUACCACAUGCCCCUCAUGCACCACAUGCCCCUCAUGUACCACAUGUACCACAUGCCCCUCAUGUUCCACAUGUACCACAUGCCCCUCAUGUACCACAUGCCCCUCAUGUACCACAUGCCCCUCAUGUACCAUAUGCCCCUCAUGUACCACAUGUACCACAUGCCCCUCAUGUACCACAUGCCCCUCAUGUACCACAUGUACCACAUGCCCCUCAUGUACCACAUGUACCACAUGUACCACAUGCCCCUCAUGUACCACAUGUACCACAUGCCCCUCAUGUACCACAUGUACCACAUGUACCACAUGCCCCUCAUGUACCACAUGUACCACAUGCCCCUAAUGUACCACAUGUACCACAUGCCCCUCAUGUACCACAUGUACCACAUGCCCCUCAUGUACCACAUGUACCACAUGCCCCUCAUGUACCACAUGCCCCUCAUGUACCACAUGUACCACAUGCCCCUCAUGUACCACAUGCCCCUCAUGUACCACAUGUUCCACAUGCCCCUCAUGUACAACAUGUACCACAUGUACCACAUGCCCUUCAUGUACCACAUGUACCACAUGCCCCUCAUGUACCACAUGCCCUUCAUGUACCACAUGUUCCACAUGCCCCUCAUGUACCACAUGUACCACAUGUACCACAUGUACCACAUGCCCUUCAUGUACCACAUGUACCACAUGCCCCUCAUGUACCACAUGUACCACAUACCCCUCAUGUACCACAUGUACCACAUGUACCACAUGCCCUUCAUGUACCACAUGCCCCUAAUGUUCCACAUGCCCCUCAUUUACCACAUGCCCUUCAUGUACCACAUGCCCCUCAUGUACCACAUGCCCCUCAUGUACCACAUGUACCACAUGCCCCUCAUGUACCACAUGUACCACAUGCCCCUCAUGUACCACAUGCCCCUCAUGUACCACAUGUACCACAUGCCCCUCAUGUACCACAUGCCCCUCAUGUACCACAUGUACCACAUGCCCCUCAUGUACCACAUGCCCCUCAUGUCCCUCAUUCCUCUCAUGUCCCUCAUGUCUGCUGGAUCAUACAGGACAAGAAGAUCAUAG